GCAUUGGUCAAAUUGAAAUAGAUUUACAACAUUUUAAAGGUUUAGAUAGGUAAAAAGAAAAAAUUAGGCUUUUUACACCAUUAUGCUUACUUUUGAUUUAGCUGACAUGGAUAAGAGUGUUCCAUGAUAAAUAUGUGAUAGUCAUAGAGUUAGUUUUAAGAAAGAUGAGAUCGAUGUUGAUGUGGUCAUAUGAUAUGAGGAAAACAAAUUAAGAGUUUGAGCGAUGUUUCUGAGAAGGUGGCAUUUCUGAGUUACGAAAUCACAUAAAAACCUUGUUUGAGUUGCCAUUAUUGACUAUGCGUCCUUAGAGAACAUUUCAUAGCGUUGAGUUUUGAUUGAAUCUGUAUGUGCAGCAGCAGGUCGUCGUCGGUGUCAACGUCUCUCAUUUCUACGUAUUUCAUGCAUAAUGAGACGGUUGGCUAUAAAUAAAUGAAAAGGGUUUCUAUUUCUAGCUACUGAUCAACUGCGAAGCAUGUCGUCCUUGUUAGCUCGAACAGGCAGACACAGACAGCGUUACCAGGGCCAUCUUAGGCUUGUUGCUGGGUGCAUUCCGUACAAAAUUGAGAAGAAGAAUAUUGAGGAUGGAAAUUGCAAAGUGGAGGAGAGUAUAUUAGUGCUCAUGAUUUCGACACCAAAACGUGAGGAUCUCGUGUUUCCAAAGGGAGGGUGGGAAGAUGACGAGUCCCUGGAAGAAGCAGCAAGCCGUGAGGCCAUGGAAGAAGCUGGAGUGCAAGGAAUACUGGCUGAGAAUCCACUGGGAGCUUGGGAAUUUCGAAGCAAGAGCAGCGAGAAGAGCAGCAGCUUGAUCGGAGGCUGUAGAGGCUAUAUGUUUGCGCUGGAGGUCACGCAAGAGCUUCACUGCUGGCCAGGACAGUCUAAUUACAGUAGAAAAUGGCUCACCACAGAGGAAGCGUUUAAACUCUGCCGCUACGACUGGAUGAAAGAAGCUCUUCAAAAUUUGCUGGACAAGCUGGGAGCUAGUGGGAGCAGAGGAUCAAAUGUUUGGUGACCAUCUCCAUGUAUCAACUACUGUACAGCAAUUCAACCAAACCAAUCGCUCAUCAUUCUUUUGUAGACCCUAGCUACCUUAAUUACUAUAUACUCUGCAUUUGUGAUCUGUUUCCGGUGACAAAUGAGCAUGUCCAUUCUUUACGACCACAACAAAAUUCAUUUCUUCCUCGCCAA